GUGACUGCCACGCCUAGAUUUGGAAGUUCUUGGUCUUUGCAUUUGGGAUUCUACGGAGGUUUAAUAUUAUAAUACUGCCAAUGCACUAGCUGCGUCACGCUAAGCCUAACUGGGGCAUACCCUGCUGGAAUCGAUCCGGUCUAUUCCACUUGACCAUCCUCAUGUCCUGCCAUGCUACUCUACUCGUACUGGGCCGUGACUCCCUUGUGCACCGCACACAGCAAAUACCAGAAAGGCGCGCAACAGCCAACUCCAAGGGGAGGGAGACAAAGACAAAGACAAAGACAAAGACAAAGCUCAAAAUAGCAGCGUCGGUUCAUAUAAACUUUCUUGUCUCUAUCUCUAUCUCUAUCUCUAUCUAUUUAUCUCCAACGCUUCCACUUUCCUCCCAUACAUCGUCGCCUCCUCGAUUUUACUCUUCUCUCAAUUUGCUUCUCAGUCUCUCUAAUCGCAUUUGCGUUGGUUCGCUCUUCCGCUACAAACUUAACGUCGCUGCACUCCCUGUUGCUUGCUUCCCUUUCCGGACCCGAUCCAAAUAGCUCACUUAUCUGUCGACGCCCACCAUUACCUUGCUCACUCGCACAUCUUCCCAACAACUUCGUCCUUUUCGACGAUAAGGUUCCAGUCCAUUCCGUUUGCUUCCUCUCACUACACGAUCAAGAGUUGCUUCGUAUUAAAUUACCAAACUGUUCAAUUCGCUUGCAACCUUUCUAUCGCAGAUCGAAAGAAACAAAUCAUCUGAUCCAACGUCAAAAAUGGCUUCAGUAGCUAUCUCUGCUCGCAAGAUCCCAACACCAUUCGGUCGAGACAGCUUAACUGCUGUAGCGGCUCGAAGUGUUCCUGCUACCAAUGGCCACCCUCUUCCUACUCCCCCGAACUCUAUUUCUCCAAACCUACCUCCGCAUGUUACCAAGUCUUUUGGCACGCGUUCGCCACUGCCCCAACUCAAUUUGGAGCAUGUUGAAUCCGACCUAGACUUACAGGACGGAAGUGGAAAUGAAGGAACAUCGGAUAUCGGAUCGCCAGGAUUGGAUACCACUGGUGCUAUUACUCCUAGUUUAUUGGCUAAACACCAUCUUCCCGAAAUUCUGUUGGAUCAUGGCCCACUUGCGAUCCGGCACAUCAUGGGCUAUCUUACUACUUCAGUCCCCGGCUUUUCUGGAAUUCCUCCCGCGAAAGCUAGAAGACUUGUUGUGGGCGCUUUGGAGGGACGUGGCAAUGGCGGUGAGGCUGGCGGUGUAAAAGGAAAUGUGUUGUUCGAGAAAGUGGGUUGGGGCCGAUGGGACGCGAGACUAAAGGGGCAUCCGGCAAGAAUGGGUCGAGCUUUUGGGAACUCACCACCACCGAGCUUACCAGAUACCUAUCCGAUUGGGAUGCCAAUCGCCAACAACCAAGGGUGGUCAUUUACGCGAACACGUCUUAAUGAACCAGGGUCAAGUUGGGCGGGGGAUUCGGCAUUUUUCUCUCACGGAGAUGAUGUCUCGAUGCCUGAUGAGGCCGACAAAAUGUCCUUAGAUGGCGAUGAGUCGGGUUCUUCCUCAUCUGAGGUUGGAGACGACGUGAUGAUGGAGGAUGACCCAAACGAUGUAACAGAUGAAGAGGACUGGGCAGCUGUUGGAGCCGCUGCAUUGCGAGCAGCUUCUUACUCGGCAUCUGGUCCCUUCACCUCUGGACCACUUCCACAAGUUUUCAAUUCUCAUGUAUAUAGGGGAGGGUUGCGUUCUGUUGUUGGACAAUCAGCUCCAACACCAGCACGAACUCACACCCCUAACGGUUUCACAGCUUUGAACAUGGCUUCUGCAGAUUCUCAAGAACGAGAAGCCAUCGAAGCACUUUUACGACUUGGUUCUGUAUAGAUUUCUGCGUGGAGUUUUGGGAUGGUUGCAUAUGGCGGGAAUUAGCGUGAACCUAUUGCCGGCGAGCAUUGAUCGAAUUAUUUAUUUUUCAACACGCGAAUUGACGAUCUGAUGGGAAACCGAAAUGGGAUAUGGGAUAUGCCCCCUCGCAUCAGCGAGUACGGGAGCAUGGCGUUUUUGAUACUUUUUGUGGGACAACGGACGAUGACCUUGAGCCUGUGCUAAUCCUCGUGCGCUCGGUAUCUCUACCUCCACACAAGCUUUACUUUUGCACAUACAUCCUUUUUAUAUUCAACAACUGCUCCACUUACUUUACUGGGGGCUUUGCUUUUUAAGUACGACGGUUAUGACAUAUUAUUCAACAUUCAUACCCUCAAAUCGUAUCGACAUUGACGAAUGGGAGAAAAAUCUUCACUCAAAUCAACAUAAAUUUGGUUUUAUUCACCUUUGAACUUUUACACAUAAUUAUCUUUAAUAUACCCUUGGCGACGCGAUAUGAGUUAGAGCGAGAGAUGACUGGACGCAUCAUUCUGGGAGGAGAAAUCUAUAAGAUGCUUGAUGGAGAAUGGAGGGAGGUUACUUUUGGGGGAAGGGAAGAUUGAAAUGACGGUCCAGUUUAGGAGUUUAAUUUUGAGCGCUUAAUUGCAGUCUCGAGAUCAUAGUUUAAUGGACGCGUUUAUUUCGUACAAUGUUUGGUUGUGAUUUGCUCUUCUGUGCUGCAAUGUGGUAUGAUAUGAGUUAACGCUUGCCAUGCGAUUAAAUUUUAGGUGAAGCGACUGUGGAUGAAGCUUUACUUGUCAAGUCUGCGUACGCAUGCAUGAUCUAAGCGGGUAUAGGAAUAGUUUCUUAUGCGGAUGCAUCUCAUUCAUUAGUGUCUAUUUUUGUUUUGACAACAUUGGCAUGUACUAUUUUUGACUUCACUAAUCCAUGAAUGAAUUUUGAACUUGUACAUGGGGUUAGGUUUGGUGUGGAAGGAGUUGAUGAAUUAAACUAGAUGGAUGGGAUCUCGCUUCUUUUCCCUUCUUUUCUUCUCUUCUCUUCUUUGCUCCCUCCCCCUUUUUAUUAUUGUUAUUGAGUAGUAGAGGUGGGAGAUGGGAUAUGAGAAUUGGUGUCGGAAUCUUGAGUAGACUGGACUGGACUGACUAAUUAUAUGGGAUUAUGGUUACGUGAUGAUUUUUGCGGAGUUAGAUUUGAGGCGAUUUGGAUUUGAAUUUGGACUGCGGUUGUGAUUUGCAUGGGGUGAGUGGUUAAGUUUUGUUCUCCCAUUCAGGAAUAGGCAAUGGAAUGUCA